CCGCGUUACAGCUGACGCGUUUCUACGGAAGUAGCGAAGGCGGAAGUCAGCAGCUCAGUGAUGUGUAGUAUGUUGUUUAGGCAUUUCGUCUGAAGAUCUGUGGGAUAUUUGAUCUCUUCUCAGUGAUUGAGACUCUGUGGAGGAUUCAGUGAUCCGCGGCGGGAUGGAGGACCCCGGCUCCGAGUGUGUGGCGUCUCCGGCGGGUCAGAGCUCCAGCAGAUCCAAGCUGGACACGCUGUCUAAAGAAGAUCUGAUCAAGUUUGCCAAGAAACAGAUGGGGGCAAUGCAGAAGAUCAAGUCAAAAUGUGCCGGUUUAGAGAAGGAGGUUGAGGAGUUGAAACAUCCUCCGAGUGUCUCGUCAGACUCCUCAGUUAUGCAGGAACUGAGUGAGCGCAUGGAGGCCGUGCUGCAGGAGAAAGCAGAGAGUCAGCAGAGCCUGUCGUUACUGCGCCGAGAUCACGAGCAGCUCAAGAAGCAAGCGCAGGAGACAGCGGCAAGAUUAACAGCUCUUCAGGAGGAACUAGACUUAAAAAACAAUGAGUACACAGAAAUGCAGAAACACACAGCCGAGCUCACUGAGGACUUCAAGGCUGCCUGUACCGAAUAUGAGUCCAAAAUAUCUCAAGCUGGAGAGGAGCUGGCAGAAGCCCGGCGCCAGUGGACGGCAGCGACGGAGGAUCUCAAAGACUCUCACCAGAUGAGCCUCACCGAAUCCCAGCAGGAGACGGAGAACCUCCAGAGGGAGAUGGAAACGCUGAGAAGACAGUAUGAGGAUGACGUGCGGUUCCUGGAGGAGCAGCUGGAGGUGAACGCAGCCGACUUCGAGAGGGAGCGAGAGCGGCUGCUUCUGCUGCAGGACGAGCUCUCGGAGCAGCUGGCGCUGAAGGAGGGAUUCCUGCAGGACGUCCAGGAGGAGGAGGAGGACGCUAGCAGGGCCGCUGGGCCUCCCAAACACUCGCCGAGCUCCCAGACCUCGGACCUCCCAGCUUCAGACGACUCUGACGACGAGGGCAGCGUGAUAAAAUCAGCGCUGGAGGACUUGCAGUCUCAGAACAUGAUGCUCCAGGAAGAGCUUGUGUUUCUGCGAAACGUGAAGCUGGAGCUGGAGUCCGAGCUGAAGCAGGCGCGAGAGGAGCUCACCGUGGAGAAGGAAGAGCUGGAGUUCAGAAUCAACGAGCUGCAGAUGAACAGAGACAGUGGAGAGACGUCUGUGAAGAGAUGCGGCGUCCAAACCUCAGACGAGUCCCACAGCGACGAUCUGAAGGAAACCCGUGAAGAAGUGCAGCACGACGGACGCUCGGAGAGCACAGCAGCCGACACGUUUGAGCAGCCUGUGAGCCUCAUCACAGAUCAGGAAGAUCUCGGAGACAGAGCAGAGCACUUCAUGAAGCAGUACAGAGCCGUGAAUGAGCGCACGGCCGCCUCGUUGCAGGAUCUGCAGGAGAAGCUCCAGAGUGUCUUCCAGCAGCGCGACCGGCUUUUAGAGCAGAUCAGAAGCGCUGAAGAAACCUCAGAACCGGCAGAGGAGGAGGAAGGACUGGAGAUGUCUUUUGAGGACCUGAGGAAUACAAAUGAAGAAAUCCUAGUGAGCCUACAACACAAGGAGACUCUUGUCCUCGAGUUGAAGGAGAUGCUGAAGUCCAUGGCAUCUGAAUCGAAGCCGAAUCAGAGAAGGAACCUGAGCGAGGAGAAGGAGGAGCGCAUGAAGACCCUCGAGGAGGACGCCAGUGCUCUUCAAGCCCAACAGCUGGAGUCUCAAGACACCAUCAGACUUCUCCAGUCUCAGAUCACCAGUCUGUCAGAAGAGAGAGACACCCUUCGGCGAGACAUGGAGCACCUCUCCGCUGCUCAGUGCCGCAUCACUGAGAUCCUCCAGCAGAGUUUCUCUGAGACGGAGGUGGACGGAGCGUCUGAUAUCUCCACCCUCGUAGAGCGGCUGUGGACUGAAGCCCAGGAGGAGAGGGCAGUCUUACGCCAGCGGCUGGAGGAGGCAGGCGAGGAGCGGGCGGCACGGAUCCACGAGCUCCUGCAGGAGAAGGACCUGCUGAAGGCCAGUCUGGAGGAUGUGCUGUUAGACACCGAGGGACUGCAGAAGGACCUGAGGGACAUGCAAGCCAUGAAUGAGAAGCUGAGGGCAGAAAACCACAGCCUGCUCUCUGAAGUCGCUGACUUGAGCAGGAGUUCAGAGGAGAAAGGAAAGGAGUCGCCGGAUGAAAGCGAUGCUCAGCUUCAGGAGGCCGGCGAGCUCCAGCAGGCUCUUGCUGACAGAGACGCUGUAAUAUCUCAGCUCAGAGAAGAAGUCGGUCACUUACAGAUGUGCAAAGAGUCAUCGGCGUCUGAUGAAAAUGAACAAGUGAAAGCGUUAUCUCAUGAAAUAGAAAUGCUGAAGAAAGAAAGCAAAGAUAAGGAUGAACGCAUGAACAAAAUCAAAGCUGUUGCGGUGAAGGCUAAAAAGGAGCUGGACAACAACAAGAAAGAGGUCGUCUCUCUGAGAGAAGAAGUGGACCAGCUGAAGACUGAGCGAGACUCAUUAUCACGAUCUGUGAAGGACAUCAUCCACGGCGCAGAGGACUAUAAGAACCUGAUGGUGGAUUAUGACAAGCAGAAUGAGCUGCUGGAUCAGGAGCGAGAGAAGCUGGAGCAGGCCAAUAAACACAACGAAGAUUUGACCAAACGCCUUCAAAAUGCCAUUCAGCAGCACGAGCUGCUGUCCUCAGAGCGAGAGGACCUCACGGCACGUAUAGAGACGUUGCAGAGUAACAUCACGCAGCUGGAGGCACAGAUACUGGAGGCGCAGAAGCUGAAGUGUGGGCUGGAGCGAGACCUGGAGGCAGAGAGGCUUUUAAGAGAGCAGAAGUCUAAGGAGCUUCAGUCUGCGGUCAGGGAGGUGGAGGAGCUCCAGGCUCAGCUCAGCAGACACAAACAGCAGCUCCAGCAAACCGCUCAGGAGCUCGAGCAGCUGCGCAAGGACGCUCAGCAGAACACGCUGCUGGACAUGGAGAUGGCCGACUACGAGAAACUGGUGAAGGAGCUCAAUCACAAGCUCGGUGAGAAAGACAAGCAGACGGAGGAGCAGGAGAUGCACAUACAGGCACAGAGAGAACGGGAAGAGCGUCUGAGCGAGGAGAUCGAGUCUCUGAAGCUGCUGCUGGAUCAGACGGAAGACAAAGCCUCCAGGAUGAAACAACUGCUGGUCAAAACCAAAAAAGAUCUGGCAGACGCAAAACAAAAAGAAGCGGCGCAGGUGAUCUCGCAGUCUGCUCUGAGAGGAGAUCUGGAGGCCCAUCAGCAGCAGCUGGAGGAGCUGAAGAUCCAGUGCAGCGAGCUGACGGCCGAGCGCCACCGGCUGCAGGAGCAGCUGAAGCUGAUGAACGAGCAGCAGCAGCGGACGUCCAGCUCGUAUCAGCUCAGUCUGACCGCGCUGCAGGACGAGUGCACGGCCGCUAAGGCUGAUCUUGCAGCGACGGUGUCUGAGUUUGAGAGUUAUAAGGUGCGAGUCCACAAUGUCCUCAAGCAGCAGAAACACAAGAGCUCAGCCCAGAGCGACGGCGACGCUUUCAGACAGGAGAGAGAGCGCUCGGAGGCCGUGGUGGAGCAGCUGCGCAGCCGGCUGCAGGAGACGCAGCAGAGCCUGCAGUCCAGCACAUCAGAGCUGCAGCAGCUGCAGGUGGAGCAUGACAUGCUGCUGGAGCGACACAACAAGAUCCUGCAGGAGACCGUCAGCAAAGAGGCCGAGCUGCGGGAGAGGCUGCUGUCGCUGCAGGCCGAGAGCCUGGCCCUGCGGUCCGAGCACGGGCAGUGUGCGGCUCACCUGAGCGCUCAGACCGAGGCUCUGCGCAGCGGCUUCCGUGAGCAGACGCGCCAGCUGCAGGAGGAGCACUGCGGCACGCUGGAGACGCUGCAGCAGCAGAUCCGCAGCCUGGAGGCCCAGCUGUUCCAGCUGCAGAGAGAGCCGUCCAGCAGCGGCGCAGCGCUGGCGCAGCAGAGCAGGAAGGCUCAUGUGGACAGGAGGUCUGCUGACGUGCCUCCGCUGGACCUGCAGGGCAUGAGAGAGGAGGGAGAGGGGAUGGAGACCACCGAGACCGAGUCACGGUCAUCCAGCAGCACCCCGCUGGCCUCUCUGGAGCAGCUGCUCACCUCCGCUGACCUCAAACACGAGCCUGCUGUCUGGCACAUGGAGCCCAGUAAAGAGGAGCUGGCUCAGAAGCUCAGUACUGCCACCCGCAGAAUGGAGCAUCUGAACAGUCUGCUGCACGAGACCGAGGCUACCAACGCUGUCCUGAUGGAGCAGAUCACUCUCCUGAAGAGCGAGCUGCGGCGUCUGGAGCGUAAUCAGGAGCGGGAGAAGUCUGUGGCGAGUCUGGAGUAUCUGAAGAAUGUGCUGCUGCAGUUCAUCUUCCUGCGGUCCGGCAGCGAGCGGCAGGCUCUGCUCCCCGUCAUCCACACGCUGCUGCAGCUGAGCCCCGAGGAGAAGAGCAAGCUGGCCGCCAUCGCUCAAGGUGAGGAGGAGUCGGCGGUCUCUCGGGGGUCGGGCUGGACGUCGUAUCUGCACAGCUGGUCAGGCAUCAGAUGAAACACACUGACCUCAGGCCAGCGGCUGUCCGGCAGAGCAUCACACAUCACCACAUCAGCAGAUCAGCUCUAUAUACGACGCCUUAUUUUUCUACUGAGUUAGAACCCGUCAGUCCGGAUGGGAUGUUUUCGGGUUAUUGAAGAUUAUUUUGCGCUGUAAAUCAUACGUGGGAACUGUUGAUCAUAUUUAUCAUUCUUUAAUAUAAAUUAUAUCCUUAUCAUUUUUUCACAAAUUGUCUUACGGCCGUGUUGGUCUCUGUAAUCUCAUAUCUGUGAAGGAACAUGCACAUGAAGGAGUGUAAAUACCGGAUAUAUCAGUCUGUCAGAGAAUAUCAUCUGAUUAAACUACUUUGAGAGCUGCUCUGUUUAUUCUUUAAAGUGUCUUAGAAACGAAGACUCGAUUUAUGCUGAUCUUAAUCUUUGCUCUUUUAUUAUCUUUUGUGUGUUUGUGCUCCUGGACUACAGUCAGAGUAAUGUGGAUCUCUUCAGAUCAGGGGAAGGACUGCAGGCCUGUCCUCCUCGUUUGGGUUUGAUGGCGUUAUUUGAAAUGAAUCCGUCAUGAGGUGAACUGAACCAAAUCACAUCUGUUCAAGAUCCCGUUAUCCACCAGCGAUCGUGUCUAUCACACUCCGACUCAGACAAUAAAAAGGCACACAUUUUCCAUCCAAAUGACACAAAAAUAAAACCAAAGAUGCCUCGCAGUACACACAUCACGUGAAUUGAGUUCAAUUUAAUAAUAAUAAUGAUAAUUGAAUAAUUGUUUAUUUAUGAUUCACUUUGUUAGUAGCUUGCACCUGCGAUUGUUGAUCAGUACGCUGUAAGAAAAAUGGAAAAGAUACUAGUAAUUUUCCAGGACGUAACCCUGUAACCCAAAAACACAAUGCAUAGUUUAAAACGCAGGUAAAAAACAAUACAGAAAAUUCCUUCAUAUUAACACAGUAGAUUGUGCCCUGUUUUUACAGACUUAGAGUGUGGCACACUAACUAACUACUAAUACAUCGCAAAUAAUUCAUAAUUGUUGAGAAUGUCUAAUACUAAUUGUAAUCGGGGCCUGAACUCGAAGCAGCAAAACAACACGGAUGAUAUCUUACACUCACUUUAGUUAAAAUCACGCGGUCGUACACAUCCUCCAAACACUGCCGAGCCGCAGGAUCAGAAAUGGGAGGAUAGAGAAAUUAAACAAUUUGAUCAUGUCUAUGUUAAAAAAAAAAAAAAAAAGAUAUUUGCUAAGCAAAUAUUAACACUUUUCCGGCAACAUGACUAUGUAAGAUGUCACCACUGGUAUUAAUCAAUAGGCAGGACUGAUGUUUUUCUGAUAUUGCAUAGCAGCAAGUCACUGUUAAUUAGCGAUUGAACCGAAUCAUUUAAACGUAAGUCCAUUAAUAUUAACUUCUUGUUUAUUGAACCGUAUAGGCUAAAAUCAAUAUCACAUUUGUGAUUUUUGCGAAAAAAAAUGUCACUCUUCGUGUGAUAUUGAUUAACUAUAUGAAAUGAUAUAAAUAUAUAUCUGUUGAGUUUCAGAGUCCACACCAGACACACUGUGGUUUAUACUGGACUACAAACCGUUCUGCGCAUGUCUGUCUGACAAAACAUCUCAUGCUAUUCCUUCACUUUGCCUUAAAAUGAUUGAAAACGUUUAAACGAGAAUCUCCUAUUUUCAUUUUAGGUUAUUUUAUUGAUUACUUUUAAUUGAUUAAAAUUUCAUUCAGUAUCCAUAUUUUCACUAAAGUAUAUUUUUCAGAUACGUUUUACACCGCUGGUUAUAUUUAGCUUUUUCUGUGCUAAAAUAAAAAAAACAUGAUCUUUACAAUCCAGUUCCUUGAAUUAAUGAAGGUUGCUUAUUCCGUACGCUGUAAAAAAGCAGUUUUGCUGUAAGGAAGGUUUUCCUGGGAUUGCUGCAGUGACUGUGAUUGUGUUUUCAGUGUGCUGCGUGCCUGAAACAUCCCGUCUCCUCGGCCUAAAUUAGGACUGGAUUACACACACACACACACACACACACACACAGACAGAUUUACGCACACACAAACACACACACACACACACAC